CGCAGACUGUCUGGCUUAACUUAUGCUCGACGAGUGCUGUAGAGGUUCUGUCGGCAUGCAUCUCCGACGUACUGCAUGUGCUCUUCCUAAAGGACGCCCCGUGCGAUAUGCGUCCACCAGUUCUGCUUCGUACCCGUUCCCACACCACGCGCACCCGACCCCUCACCAGAUCUUCCACCUUCCGCCGGGGGCGACUCAGCCGCAGAUCAAGGCGCGCUACUAUGAGCUCGUGCGGGUACACCAUCCCGACUCCCCGUCCGGACGGGAUCUUUCUCCUGCCCUCCGACACAAGCGCUUUCAGUCCAUCACCGCUGCAUACGACAUCCUUCGCGGGAAGAGCAACGGAGCAGGCACUCCGGUAGACAUCUACCGUGCCGAAAUCGAACGGCGAAGACGCGCUCGCGCUGCAUACGAAGCUUCUCGGGGGUAUGCGCAUACACGUCCACGCGCGGAGACGUGGUCUGCGAGUGCGGACGAGCGGUGGAAGGACAGGGUUAUUCUCUUCGUGGGUCUUAUGGCGCUUGGGGCGGGGUUGGGGCCAGCGCUGGUCUGGCCAUCGUAUACGGCGUCGUACCAAGCCCAUGUGUCUGCCUCGAAGAACCUGAAGGAGGCGCGGAAAGAGGCACGGGAGUUUGGCGAAGAGAGACGGAAGCAAAUCCGGCGAAGAGUGCAGGAGUAUAACGAGCUCAAGGCUGCUCAAGAACGUCCCCGGGAGGAUGAAUCAAGGACAUAAUACGGUGUGUGUAGCGUGUAUAACAGUGUAUCAUAUCUCCCGUUCUGCUAUGCGUCUCGG